AUGCAUCCCCACAACUUCCUCCUCGUAGCCCUAUCCCUGGGCGCGGCUGUCCUGGCCGCACCCACUGAACUAGCUGCUCGCACAGCUAGGACCAGUGCCCCCGCAGGAUGCUUGACAGUCGGUUCGAGCGGGAAGUACUCCACUAUCGGCGCUGCAUUGACUGUUCUCGGAUCUUCUAAGGCCCCAGCUUGUAUCUAUGUCGCAAGUGGUACAUACAAGGAACAGCUCACUAUCAACUAUGGCGGUGCGUUAACUUUGUAUGGCCAGACUGCUGAUGCGGAUACGUACAAGGAGAAUACUGUGACCAUUACCCACACGAUCUCUUCCCCUGUCGCUGGCUCGCUGGAUAAGAGUGCUACUGUGAAUGUUGUCGCCCCUCGGUUCAAGAUGCACAAUAUAAAUGUGGUGAAUGGAUUCGGGAAAGGUGCACAGGCUGUUGCACUCGUCGCCAAUGCCGAUAAGCUCGGCUUCUACGCAUGCCAGUUCCUUGGAUACCAGGAUACCCUGUUCGCCAAGGCUGGAACACAGUACUAUUCCAACUCGAAGAUUGAGGGAGCUGUGGACUACAUCUUCGGUGCGGCUUCCGCCUGGUUCAACAACUGCGACAUCGUCUCCAACGGCCCUGGCGCUAUCACCGCCAGUUCGCGACAGAUACCCACCGACAAGACCUGGUAUGCAUUCGACCACUGCAAUGUCAAGGGUUCUGUCGCCGAUGGUAGUGUAUUCCUUGGUCGUCCGUGGCGUGGUCUUGCUCGCGUCAUCUACCAGAACUCCAAUUUGGGUAGUGUGGUCAAUGCCAAGGGAUGGACUCCAAUGGCAAAGGGUGCUACACCAUUGUACUAUGAGUACAAGAAUACUGGGGCUGGGUCUAGCACUUCUGCGCGCCAGUUCUUGAGCCACAUCUCGGGGGCGGUCACGAAGGAGACGGUUUUGGGAAGUGACUACGCUACUUGGAUUUGA